CCAGUUAGAGGCCAGAACGGAUCGCGCGUGCAGCUCCCCAGACAGGUCCAACUCCAACUCGAAGUCCAAGUCCAAGUCCAAAUCCACAUACAAAUCCAACUGCCAGAGUAUAGCACAGCAGAUUAAAUCCCAGAUACGGAAUCGGUUUCGGAAAAUGUCGCUAAUACCGUUCAUACUCGAUCUGGCCGAGGAGCUGCACGACUUUAACCGCAGCCUGGCCAUGGACAUCGAUGACCUGGGCUUCGGUAUGUAUCCGCUGGAGCACCAAGUCCCGGCACAGGCACAGACGCAGACGCACUCCCACCCGUACGCCCCACAGCUGAGCCGCCCCGCCCUGCGCCUGGGCCUGGGAACCAGCCCCACGACAACCUCUUCGGUGCUGUGGGUGCCCAUCAAGGGCCAACACGCGGCGUCACCAGCACCGCAUCAUCGUCAUCACCCCUACAACCGGGUGGCGGGGGCGAAGACCGUCUGCUGCAAUAAGUCGCUGCUGGAGCUGGAGAAGGAGUUGGGGGAGAAGGGUAGCGGGUCAGGAGUCGGUGCAGGGGCUGGAGCUGGAGGAACCACUCCCACCUCCCCGGCCACGGCCAGCAAGUCCGCCUAUUCCGUGGUGAACCGCAACGGCUUCCAGGUGAGCAUGAACGUGAAGCAGUUCUCCGCCAGGGAGCUGACGGUGCGCACCAUAGACAAUUGCAUCGUGGUUGAGGGCCAGCACGACGAGAAGGAGGACGGUCACGGGGUCAUCUCGCGGCACUUCAUCCGGAAAUACAUGCUGCCCAAGGGCUUCGAUCCGGCCGAGGUCCACUCGACGCUCUCCUCGGACGGCAUUCUCACCGUCAAGGCACCACCGCCCCCUCCGCCCGCCAACAAGGCGGGUGUGGAGCGGCUCGAGCGCAUCGUCGACAUCCAGCAGCUUUUGCAGUCGCAGCUGCAGCCGAAGGAUGCGCAGACGCCGAAACCGGUUCCAACAGAGGCACAUGCACAGGCAGAGGCAGAGCCGAAGAGCGUCGCCGCCCUAACACCAACACCAACAGCAGGAGCAGCAGCAGCAGCAGCAGCAGCAGCAGCCACCCCGGAGAGCAACGGUAAUGGCCAGGCAGAGGCUGUAGCAGCCGCUGCUGACGUCGACGUCGCUGCCGACAUUGCAGUUCCAGCUGAGGCUGCAGCAAAAGCAGUGGACACUACAUCCACCACUUGCACUUCCACUACAACUUCCAAUUCCAAUGCCAAUAAUGGCGUGAAGGUAGAGUCCGAGUCCAUGGAAGUGGCAACUACUGCCGAGGCUUCCACUCCCAAGGAGGACUCUCCUCCCAAUCCGACUGCAGCUGUGGUGAGCAGCUCCGAGGAGGAGGCCAAAACCGAGCCCAAUGCCAACGACGUGGCCGUCAGCUCCAACAAUGGAAGCAGCGGCAACGGCAAUACCGAUGUGGCGCCCGUUGUCGGUGAUGAUGAGGACAUGCCCAUGGCCGCCACGGCCAAAGCGGUAGGGGAAGAGAAGCAGCAGGAGAAGGAGCCCGAGAAGGUGGAGAAGCCGAGCAAGGGGGCUGAGGAGCUGGCUGCCGUCGAUGCUGCCAUACUUCUGGCCAAAAAUCAGCCGGCUGCAGACGGGGGGGAGAACGGUGCAGCCGCAGUGGGCGGGGAAAACGGAGCCUCUGCCGGUGGGGAGAAUGGAGCAGCUGCGGCAAAAACCGAAGAGGUGGCCGCAAAGUGAAGACUGAAAGAAAACGAAAAGAGAAAGAGAAAAAUAAUAUGUAUGUAUGCGUGAGUUUUAUUCGUAAAUGUUUCCUGUGUUCUCUUUUGGCAUUUCGCUAUAAACAGACAGAGAUAGAAGCUAUGUAAGUAUGAUGAAAAAGAGGGAGAUGAUGUCGACUCAAUUACUACGCGAGCGGGAUAGCAGUAUGAUUUCCUAAAAAAUAUGUGACAACAACUACAAGUAUUCCAGUAAAACUUAGAGGAAAAACCACUUAAUGUACUUACAAUAAAAACAAAUUAAGAGAAUUCGAA